AGAAAGAUUGAUCAUGACCGUCCAUUCAAGUGAGUGGCUUCUAAUCUCCCCUUAUAAAACUAAAACCCCAUUUUUUUUCACCAAAAAUCAGCAAUGGCUUCCCUCGCUUGUUUCAAACCAGGAGGUGUAGCCUCUGAAACUCUCUCUCCCUCUGCAAAAGAUAAAAUCUUUUCUCUCUCUUGUACCUGUUUUUCUACUUUUGCUUCUUUUAGUGGCCUUGGCUCAAAUAGAAGGCUCACAAAAAGUUGCAGAGAAAGGUCUCCUACACUUGAUGGCCAUGGCCAUGUCUUGUAUCUCAGAAUUCAUUGUUCAAGGCCUCUAUGGUUUGGGGGUGGUCUUGUGGCCGUGAAAUCGAUUGGAGAAGAUGAUAAGAAUACUUCUUCUUCAUCAGAGUCUUCUGAGGAUCUCUUUGGAAACAAUGAAGAUCAAUUUUCAGGUCUUGAAGCGAAACUCCAGAGAAUCCAGGAUGGGGUGCAGAUAUUUUUGGCUACUUUCCUUUGGAUGUCACUCUUCUUCUGGGCUAGUGCUUGGGAUGGGAGGAAUAACAAUAAGCCUAAUAAGAGAUCCAAAUUCUGAUGGUGACAAAUGACUAUGAGAGAUGUAUAUAUUAAGUUGUUUGCAUAUAUUCAUGGAAGCACAUUACAUUAAUAUUUUUUUCAUAGACUUUUUGGAGGAGGUCAGUUCAGAUUAUGAAGUUAUGAACCUCUGGACAUCUUGGAAUUUGUGCAUUAUGUUGUAUCUAUAUGUUAACAUAUUGAAUUUAGAUGCAUAUGGGUUACAGCAUAAAUAUUUUGUUCAGCAUAA